UCCUUCCCCCCUACCUAGCUAGCUACACUACCAGGCUGGAGUCCCACGGCAGCACUGCACGCAACACACUGACUGCUGCGACUCACUCACAACCGAGGUGGGAAAGAUGGAGCACAGAGACUCCGGCUUCAGCAUAUUGUUGGCGACCGAUUCAUAUAAGGUAACACAUUACAAACAGUACCCCCCCAACACAAGUAAAGUGUACUCGUACUUUGAGUGCCGUGAGAAGCGGACCGAUCCCACCAAAAGCAGAAAAGUCAAAUAUGACAAAACCGUCUUCUAUGGCCUACAGUACAUCCUCAACAAAUACCUAAAAGGAAAAGUAGUGACCCCAGAGAAGAUCCAGGAGGCAAAGGAGGUAUACAGAGAACACUUCCAGGAUGAUGUUUUCAAUGAGAAGGGCUGGACUUACAUUUUGGAGAAAUACGAUGGACACCUUCCUAUUGAAAUCAAGGCAGUGCCAGAGGGGAGUGUCAUUCCUCGAGGCAAUGUUCUGUUCACAGUGGAGAGCACAGACCCUGAAUGCUACUGGCUCACCAACUGGGUGGAGACCAUUCUGGUUCAGAUCUGGUACCCCAUCACUGUGGCGACCAACUCCAGGGAGCAGAAGAAGAUCCUCGCCAAGUACCUCCAGGAGACUUCUGGGAACUUGGAGGGACUAGCGUAUAAACUACAUGACUUUGGCUACAGGGGCGUCUCCUCACAAGAGACUGCGGGCAUCGGGGCCUCCGCCCAUCUGGUCAACUUCAAGGGCACGGACACGGUCGCCGGCAUUGGAGUCAUUAAGAAGUACUACGGCACCAAGGACCCUGUGCCAGGCUUCUCAGUGCCUGCUGCAGAGCACAGUACCAUCACAGCGUGGGGGAAGGACCAUGAAAAAGAUGCCUUUGAGCACAUCAUCAAGCAGUUUCCCAACGUGCCCGUAUCAAUCGUCAGCGACAGCUACGACAUCUACAACGCAUGCGAGAAGAUCUGGGGAGAAGACCUCCGGUCGCUGAUAGUGGCCCGCAGUGCAGAUGCCCCAUUGGUUAUCCGACCAGACUCAGGAAACCCGCUCGAUACAGUUUUGAAGGUUUUGGAGAUCCUGGGUAAGAAGUUUCCACCAGUGGAGAACUCCAAAGGUUAUAAGGUUCUCCCUCCUUAUAUCCGAGUCAUACAAGGAGACGGAGUUGAUAUCAACACACUGCAAGAGAUAGUGGAGGGUAUGAAGCAACACAAGUGGUCCAUUGAGAACAUUUCCUUCGGGUCCGGUGGGGCUCUGCUGCAGAAACUGACCCGAGAUCUGCUCAACUGCUCCUUCAAAUGCAGCUAUGUGGUCACUAACGGACUAGGGGUGAAUGUGUUCAAGGACCCAGUGGCGGACCCCAACAAGAGGUCCAAGAAGGGUCGCCUGUCUCUGCACCGGACACAGAGUGGCGACUUUGUCACCCUGGAGGAGGGCAAGGGCGACCUGGAGCAGUAUGGCGUGGACCUGCUGCACACAGUCUUUCUGAACGGAAAGAUUGUGAAGACGUACACAUUUGACGAAGUCAGAGACAAUGCUCAGCUCAAAGAGAGCGAGCUUAAUGUGCUGCUGGACUGAGCGCAGCACUACUAAAUCCCCACCCUCCACCCUAACCCCAAAACAAACCCCCUCCCCUCAACCCUUCCUCCUUUUGGGCGCCGACACGACCCCAGAAAAAGGAGGCAGUGUACACUGCUAAUAGAUCCCUCUCCCAAAGCGUGACAACUCCCCAAAACGUUCCUAAAAACCAGAGACUCCCUUAAAAUUCACAGAUCUUCACCCACAGUUCCAAAACGCUGUUGUUGGUUCUCCAACAGAGUUGGGGUGGAGGAAUUUGGAAAUUUGCACACCACUGAUGAACGGCGAACACCCCAUGAGUAUGAGGGGGGAGGGGGGGGGGAGAAAUAUGAGAAAAUGUGUGUGAGGUACAGUAAGCAAUUAGGGAUAGAAGUUGCGAACAUGAUGAUAAACCGUGCGUUCACUCCCAUGUGCCACUGCCCCAAAUUGAACUUCGGCAUAUUGCACUGAUAAGCUAGACAUAUUGCAACCUAAGAAUGUGACUGGCUGCUGAUAGACAAUGUGUCAGCAGACUUUUCAAUGCUGACACAAAAGCAAGUAAGAUGAUUGUGAAUGAGCUCCUGGCGGCUGCAUGUGGAGUGGACCCACGGUGAGUCAAAGUGAGAAAGAGGAUGACAGAGAGAGACCGAGAAAUAUGAAGCCACACCACUGACCGUGCUCCGUGAAUUGUGUACAGAACUGUUAAGGAAAAGAAAAUACAUGUCUGAAUCUACUUUAGCUUUGUCUUUUAUGUGAAGGAAGAACAUGAUGAUAAUGGUUUAUAAUGGUGCACCGAUAACAUUGACAGAUAGCAGCUAAAAUGUUGCUUCUACUUGGAAACAAGGUCAUAAACACACUGUCAUUAUGGGUGAUAAAGGAAUUCAUUUUCCCCAGUUUUCUUGUUUUUAGUUAGUUUUGGCCCAAAUUAUAAAAGGCCAACAUCUAUCAAGUACUACCUGAAUAUUGUGUACUCUUACUUUGCCAAAUAAAAUGUUAUGGGUGCAUCUCUGAAGGUAUAUAAAUGAUUAUCUACUUGCCAUUAUGUUGGCCACAGAGCGUUCACAUCAUGAAGGUCCAAUCAUACCACAAAAUCACAAAUUCUGUUCACGGAGGGAGGAUAAAACCAUUCUCAAAGAGAUGUUUUCAAUAUAUAUAUAUAUUUUUUAUUUUAGACUAACGUGUAACAGUGGAUUAUAUUCCUCCAUUUGUUAAAAUAGCAAAUGAGAAAACUAUGAGAAGCUAAUUUUCCAUUGAUAAUUCCAGUGUUGUCAAAGCCACAAAUUUUUACAAAAUUCAAUUGACAAGAUUAGAUUUGAGUUAAAAGUUUCAGAUUGGGUCUUCACGAUGGUGAAUACUCUGGAAACCAGUCUUUGCUGUAUAAGACCAAGAGUUGAUGUAAAAAAAAAAAAAAAAAGUAAAAAAAAAAAUACAUAACAGAAAUGGUCUUCACUGGAAUCAAGAUAAUCUGUUUUAUGAAAGAUUAUGUGGCUCCUGGGCUGAAAUGUAUGUUAAAUGUUUGUUCUGCUCUCUAUGCGUGUGUGUGUGUGUGUGUGUGUGUGUGUGUGUGUGUGUGUGUGUGUGUGUGUGUGUGUGUGUGUGUGUGUGUGUGUGUGUGUGUGUGUGUGUGUGUGUGUGUGUGUGUGUGUGUUUGUGCAUGUGCGCAUGUGUGUGUGAGUUGAGAUUUUCUUCCUUUUAAAGGAUUGUGUAUUCCUUUAUGCAAACGUACACUAGUUUGAUCGAGGGAAUAGAGAACCCUCUUCCUUUUACUUUGCCAGCCUUUAAUUCUGAAGGGAGACACAAAGUAGCGAGUGUGUUUUUUCUUUCAGGCAAUGUAAAAGCAACCAAAAGGCAGAAAAGUGAGAUGCAGGAUCGGGAAUACGUUUCUGACAGUAAUGUACCCGCAAUGCUUUGGCAGUUGGUGAAUCGUUGCCCUUGGUAUCACUGCCUUAACUCGGGAAAAGCAGGGAUACUUCAACAGCUGUGUUUCUGCAAAAAUUGUAAAUGUGGCCAGUGAUGUUUGGAUUAAUUGCCCGGGUAUGGGAUCUUGCUGAUAAUGCCUGUUGGAGUUCAUUAUCUUCCCAUUCAGAGCAUCCCAGUGGAGUGCCACUCCUGUUUGCAGGUGUGUUUAGUCACAUUGCUGAGUUGGCCAUUUCAGAGUGAAGGGAUUAUUAUUUAGCAGAGCUUGGAGGGAUUAAAGCUGGUGACAUCACAGGAAACUAAAUAUUUGGCAGAAUUCUUCAGGCGGUGCAGUGUUCCUACCACCUAUUUAAUUCUAAUGUGUCUAAUACUUUGAUUUAUGAAAAAAUACAUACAAAAUUAACGACAUUGCCAUCAGCUUCAAUUGUAUUUUGUGUGUUUAGUGCUAAUUAGCUAAUGUUGGCAUGCUAACACGCUAAACUAAGAUGGUGAACAUGGUAAAUAUCAUACCUGCUAAACAUCAGCAUGGAUUGCCAUUACGAGCAUGUUAGCAUGGUGACAUUAGCAUUUAGCUCAAAGUAUCUCACAAAGCCGCUAGCAUAGCUGUAAACGGUCUUACUAACACUUUUAAAACUCCAGGUAAUCCUUUAUUCUUUAUUCUUUGCCUGCACACCCUUUUUAGACUUUGUUAUCCAAUACUGGAGCAACAACACAACAACAGUUAUUUUCCAGUUAUGGGGUGCAUUUUAGUAAAACUCUGAUUAUACUAUUUUGAUACUGUCUCAGUUCUUGCCUCAGAGAAAUAUUGUUUUGUAUGACAAAGGAGAGAAAAUAUGCCAGACAUAUUGCAGUAAAUAUCCUUAUUUACAAAUGAUGCGGCCACACUGCCUUCUCAAGUACAUACAACAACUAGUUUGACUAAAAGCAGAGAGGCAGUUUAGGGAGACGACCACUCUAGAUAAUACUAUUAUUUUUGUCAGAACAACCGUUUUUUACCAACAGAAGAAUAUCCAAACCUGCUUGACUGAACUGGCAGUGUGACUGUUUUGUGUGUGUGUGUGUGUGUGUGUGUAGUCCUGUGUGAAUGCAUGGUGUGUUAUGGAUGAAAAAAUUGUUGAAAAAUUUGUGAAUACUUUUUUUCUUUAUGUUGUUGUUGUUUUACUUGUAUGUAUAUGUUGGAUUUCCCAAAUUCUCUCCCAACACAACUGAUAUUUUAACGAACAUAACUUGCUUUAUUGUCAACAAUACAUUGAUUAAAGAUGCCACCCUGUCAGUUUGGAA